AUGGAAGACAUUUUAGGCGAGAUUAUUUCGCUAAGUGAAAAAAAAAAAAAAGAUGAAAUGAACAAAAGAAAUGAUAAAAAAGGAACUGAAUAUGAUGGUAAAUCUGUUUCAGAUGGGUCAAAAAACAAAAAAGGAAACAGUGACUAUUAUAAAAAGAAACGAAGAGAAUCAUAUGUAAAGGAUGAUGAUACAAUAAAUAUAUGUGAUGCGUCUACAGUUUGUACAAUUGAUGAUGAUAUAAAUAUUGAAAAGGUUAACAUUUUUAGUAAAAUAAUUAAAAAUAAUAAAUCUAAAUCUUCAGAACAAUAUUUUAAAGAUGUCGAAAAAAAUAUUAAUGAAAACACUCCAUUAUUUUUUAAUAAUGGAAAUACACUAAAUACAUAUUUACUUACAGUUAAUGAAAUUAAUACAAGUAUUUCUAAUAUAUAUACAAAUAUUGAUAAAAUAAAUGUUAUAAAAAAAAAAAUAGAGUUAAAUAUAUAUGAUAAUGAAAAAUUAUAUUCCAAAAUUAAUGUAAUAAUUAAAAAUUCCGAAGAUAUAAUUACAUGUAUUAAAGAAAAAAUAAACAAAUUAAAUGCCGAAAAUAAUGCUUUUGAAGAGAACAGUAAUAUGAUAAGUGAAAUAAAAUUACGUGUAAAUAUAUUUAUUGAUAUUGUAAACAAAUAUAAAAAUUGUAUAAAUAAAUAUAAAAAUAUAUGUAACCAAUAUUAUGAACAUGUUAAUAAAAAUAUAAUAAAACAUUACAAAUUAAUACACCCUAAUUUAAGUGAUCAUAGUAUACAUAAAUUAUUAAAACAAAAUAAUCAUAAUAUGGAAGAAUUUCUAAAUAUUAAUAAGAAUGCUUAUAAAAAUAAUGUUAUGUGUUUCACAAAUAUAGAUCAAUUGGAAAUAGACAAAAUUAAAGAAAAAUAUAAUGAAUUAAAAAAUUUAGAAAAAAAUAUAGCUGGAUUAAAUGAAUUAUAUAUUGAAUUAGCAUAUGUAAUAAAAAAAAGAAAAAAUCUUAUUAAUAAUAUUGAAAACAAUGUUUUUCAAGUAAAAGAAUAUACAGAAGAUGCACUUCAUAAUAUUGCUGAAGCAAAAAGAUAUAACAAAAUGAUUAAACAAAAAAUUCUAUAUUUUAGUCUUUUCUUACUGAUUAUAGCUUUUAUUAUUUUGUUUCCCGUUUUUUUCAACUAUUCACAUUUUUAA